GUUGGCUUUACACUAAAAAAAGAACGAUGUUGGCUUUCUUUUAUGUGCUUCUCUGACCAGAACACAAAACCAAGAAACAAAAGCCCCAUCGCUUUUUUGCUCUCUUAAAACUCGUUUACAUUUUUUUGAUGUCUCCCUCUUCACACUCUCCAUCGGUUGCUCUCCAAGGGUGAGCUGCUGUAAACGUAAUAAAUUAAUUAGCUAAGGAAAUCAGGUGAGAGCCGAUGGUUAGAAGAAAUGGUAAAAUGACUUGAGAGGUAAAAGGCUAAAGCAAGGAGAUUAAUAAAGUUGCAGUGAGGAAGGAGAAGAGUAAGAGUCUGCCUCUUUGUCGCUGGAGUGUGGAAUUAAGUUGGAAUACGAAGGAAGUGGAAGAAGGCUGUGGAUAUUAUAUAGUGAGUUUUGGAAAUCUGAGAAGUGGUUCUCAUCGGACUGUUUCAGAAUUCCAAAGAUCAAAAAUGGAUAUAUGAAGUAGUGGAAGGUGAAAGAGUGACUUUUUGUUUAGUUGAAUAUUAGGUCUGAGAGAGGUAGGCCUGAAAUGGGCCAUGAAGAAUUAUUAUUUGCUCACACCAAUGAUCCAAUAUUUUUCUUGUGUCGAUUAAAGCAGAAGUGAGAUGGCAUUUUAAAAUUCUAUGAUUGGCUGAUUUUAUGAACGACGUGGACAUGCUGAGAAUGAAGUAUAUCUCAUUUUUAGUAUAGUUUAGAUGCUAGUACAGUUGUUACAGAGUUAAUUAUUCAAUGGUAAUAGCAUUACUAGUUGUAGUUGUAGAGUUAUUUUUUUUUGUCUUUUUGCACAAACAUCAACUUUCGUUAACCAAUUCGUGGUAAUCAAGAUUAUAACCUCACAUACAAUGCCGAGAUUUAGUAUCACCUAGGAACACUUAGAAAAAUCCUAAACUACUCAAUUAAAACGACAUUGUAUUUUUCACCACCGAAAACAACUUCAUCCCUCUACACGGAAUGAAUAUCUCUUAGGCCACCUAAUUCUACCACUAAAAGACAUAUAACAAAACAUAACCUUGACCACCAAUACACCUACAAUGAGAAUUUCAACAAAGCCCAUAGCGAACUGGUUCUAAUAAUCGAUUUAUUAAACACAGCCAGUCGCAUCAUCGCUCGUAAAGCGCAAAUUCCACAUGGAAGGACCAGAAGCUGGGGACAGAGGUUUUGAAACUGUGAAAGUCGGGUUGAGGCAAUGGCUCCAUCUACGGCUAGCUAGACCCUGCAACAAAGAAAAAGAAGCAAAGCUACCAGAUCUGUCAAUAAGUCAGUACUGCGAAUGCUUUGCAACUAAACAUGUUCAUCACCAAACCUUGAUAACCACUCUCGUAGACCAAGCAGGAGAGCACAAGGCUUGACACAUUCCACCUCCGAGAACUGGAUCAUGGUGAUGACGAAGCGGACCUCCAACCGAACCAUAGACGAUCCUUUAUGGAGUUAGAAGGUUUCAGCACACGCAUCUCAAGAGUUGGACCGGCGAACACACUUCCGCCAUAUGAAACUCCGGUAUGCCUCCGGAGGUUAACUCCGAGACAUCACACAUCUUGUCGGGAAGUAGGAAAGCGUCGAGGGGGCAAAUAGAAAACAAGAUAGGGGGAGGGAGAUACCUUCGACGCCGGCUAGAGACACCGGACAUCAGGAGAAGCUUUAAACUGCCGCUUUAGGUUUUUUUUUUUAACUCUUUGUCAAUUGUAGAGUUAUAUGUGUUAUACAAUAAAGUUACUUAAGCCAUGCAAAAAAAAUUGGUGAGAAAAGUGGGUGUGUGUUAUUUUCUGUUCAUGGGAAUAUAUAAUAAGUUUUUUUCCUAACGGCUUAAUAUAUAAAUAAGAGUUCCAAAAGUAUUGUGACAAAAAAGAGUUCCGAAAGUAAAUGCACUAGAUCGUUUUUUUUUGUUGUUGUUAAUUUCCUAUGUUUAUAUCAAUUUUAGUGCCAUUAACAUGCUUUAGAUAUUAGAUGCGUGAAUUUUUAGAAGAUCAAAAUUAACGUCAACAAAUAUGAAAAAUAAGAGGAAGAAGAAUGAACAGCUUGAAAAAGUUACAAAACAUAUUAGCUUGAAAAAGUUACAAAACAUAUUGCUUGAAGAUAGAAAAAAAAGAGCAAACAUAUGACGGAGAAAAAGAAAUAGAUUGGUGAAAUUGACAAAUUUAUUUAUUGAUGAUAAAGUAGCCGUUAGCUAACUAAAGAAAAUUAGUGACAUAUUUCUAAAACGGGUAACUAAAGUCAAUGCGGGAUAUGAGAGAUGAGGACAGUGUGACCACUAUCUAAAUAAAAGAAAAUCAGUGGGACUUGAAGAGGAUGUAAUAGCAACGUAAUAUCAAUCAGUUUAAUACGGACCGUCCAUUUGUUGAGAUCACAAUCGAACAUCCACUGUCGGCCUCGUGGGUUCUCCCCCACACACUGUACUGUUUUUCCAUUUAAAGUGACGGGUCAAGCCGAGGGUAUUCUAUCCGAAUUUGAAUCGCUCCAUAGUCUUAUUAGAAAGUAGAAACAUUAGUAUUAUUCCAUUCCUCCUUUUUUUUUUAAGUGUCAUUUUAAUAUUUUUCUUGUUAAACAAAAUUACCAUUUUAAAAUUAAUGCAAAUUGUACUUAUUUUCAGUUUAAUUUUAAUUGUAAACAGCAUUGAGCAAAAAAAAAAUUGCAAUAAAAAUUUGGAAUUAAUGUAAUUAAACAAAAUAAUCUGCAAUAAAAUUUUGGCAAAGGUUGAAAAUACUCAUACAUCAAAACAAAAUACAAUUGGCAAAUUAGUACACAAAGAUGGACCUGAGUCCUGACAAUUUAAAUGCCAAAGAAAAGAGAGACAGGUCAUGAGGGUUGAGGAUGAUGACGAGAAGAGAUUAUAAAAUUUUGGAUGAAAUUAAUUUUGAUAUUUUGGAAGAUGAUAAAAUGAGAAAAAAAUAUUUAAUUAUUUAAAAAGGAGGGUCCUACUUGGUAAAGAACAAAACGAAACUCGGCGUCUUCUACCACUUAAAUAUUAGUAGUUCCAACAACAAAAAAGAAAAAAAAAAGUUUAAUAGUAACACAGAAGAAUGAAUGAAGAAGAACACAAAACUAAAAACUGUUGUAACAUUUCCGUGAUUUUCUCUCCCGUUUCCUGUGUACAUUCUGUUCUUUUUAAAAAGACUUUUUCUCUCUUUCUUGUUUCAUAUGAUCCUUAUAUAGUUCUAUCAAUCUCUUCAAAUUCUAGGCUUAUUUGUCUUCAUUUGUUGUGUCUGGUGGUAUUUCUGGAGCCGUAUCAGCUCCAUUUCUAUAAUCUCUUCUCUCUUCCUCAAACCAGACCCAUUGUUAGAAAGAAAAAAAAGAGAUGACUUGCUUCUCUUGUUUGAAUCCUCGAACCAAGGACAUACGAGUCGACAUUGAUGCCUCUCGACGCAACUCUCGUUGCCCAACAACCGACUCAUCAGUUCUUGGAAGUGAUACAACAGGAACAGAGUCGAUUUCUGGUAUUUUAGUAAACGGAAAGGUGGAUAGUCCGACAACUGGUGGUGGAGCUAAGAGUUUCACGUUUAAAGAGUUAGCUUCUGCAACAAGAAACUUCCGUGAAGUCAAUCUGCUCGGUGAAGGAGGCUUUGGUAGAGUUUACAAGGGACGUCUAGAUUCAGGACAAGUGGUGGCUAUUAAACAAUUGAAUCCAGAUGGGGUUCAAGGGAACCGAGAAUUCAUAGUUGAAGUUCUUAUGCUUAGCUUACUCCACCACCCGAACCUCGUUACACUCAUCGGUUACUGUACUUCUGGUGAUCAAAGACUUCUUGUCUAUGAGUACAUGACAAUGGGAAGCUUAGAAGAUCACCUCUUUGAUCUUGAACCAAAUCAAGAACCAUUAGGCUGGAACACAAGAAUAAAAAUCGCGGUUGGUGCAGCUAGGGGAAUAGAGUAUCUUCACUGCACAGCAAACCCGCCAGUGAUUUACCGCGACUUGAAAUCAGCAAACAUAUUGUUAGACAAAGACUUCAUCCCCAAGCUGUCGGAUUUUGGAUUGGCUAAACUCGGUCCUGUAGGAGAUAGAACUCAUGUAUCCACACGAGUCAUGGGAACUUAUGGUUACUGUGCUCCCGAGUACGCAAUGAGCGGGAAACUAACAGUUAAAUCUGAUAUCUACUGCUUCGGUGUUGUCCUUCUUGAGCUGCUAACCGGGAGAAAAGCCAUCGAUUUGAAUCAAACGCAAGGCGAGCAGAAUCUUGUUUCUUGGUCACGUCCAUACCUAAAGGAUCAGAAGAAGUUUGGACAUUUAGUGGAUCCCUCUCUACGAGGCAGAUACCCAAGACGUUGUUUAAACUAUGCUAUUGCCAUAAUUGCAAUGUGUCUGAACGAAGAAGCUCAUUGUCGACCGUUUAUAGGUGACAUAGUUGUUGCACUCGAGUACUUAGCCGCACACAGUCAGUCUCAUGAAGUUAGAAACGUCUCCUUCACGUCACCUGAGGUCACAAGAACGCCACAACCGUACUCGUAGAAACUCAAAAGUCUUGAGAUCUUUAAGAAUUUCACGUACUGUAAAAAUGUUUUUUUUUCUUUACCACAAAACAAGAAUUCAUAUAUUUUGGUAAAUGUUAUUUUUUUUUAUAGUUU